GUGGCGGCGGCACGGCCGGUUGGCUGGUGACACAGACAGACAGUCAGACACUGGUCGUGCCAUUUUCCGUGUGGCUUGCUUGGGGGCGAGUUUGCGCCCCGCAAGCAGAGAGAGAGAGAGCGAGCAGCUAUUUUGAAAGUAACCCCUCAUUCAGUCAGCGACUCUGCAGCUGUCAGGAACCAUGACUGAAGAUGACGGAUUCUGUUGUCGUGGAGGGAUAUGCCAGACUCAGAGAUGGGAAAAAGUGGAAAACUAGGUGGCUCGUUCUGCGCAAGCCGUCGCCCGUAGCAGACUGCCUUGUGCUACUGGUUUUUAAAGACAAGUCUGACAAAGCGCAGGGCAACAAGGAGAGGGCCAGUGUCACCUUGGAGGAGAUCUGCGGUCUGGAAGUGGGACAGUGCUAUGAAGGUGUGCCUUUUACUCUGGCCAUCCUCUGCCUGAACCACGCUGCUCUACUGGGUUUUGACAGCAAGGAGGCCCUGCAGGCGUGGGACGUCCGCCUGCGAUACAGCCUCGGAGAAGUUCACAGAUUCAGCGUUGGAGUCUUACCAGGGACCAAGUUAGAGAGUGGACCUGCAACUCUUCAUUUAUGCAACAACUUACUGGCUCUGGCCCGGGACGUCCCUCCUGUUAUUAUCGGCCACUGGAACCUUCCAGACCUGCGCAGAUAUGGGCCUGUACCCAAUGGAUUUGUGUUCGAGGGAGGAACACGAUGUGGAUACUGGGCCGGUGUUUUUCUGCUUUCAUCUGCUGAGAGUGAGCAGAUCAGCUUUCUAUUCGACUGCAUCGUCAGAGGCAUCUCCCCCACCAGAGGCCCCUUUGGACUGCGGCCAGUUUUGCCAGACCCCAGCCCCGCCAGUCAGACAAAUUUGGAGGAGAGGUUGAACCACGAGGCCCAGGAGCUGGAGAAACGGCUGAGCAUGCUCUCUCACAGAAGCAGCACAGUCUCGUACUGCACGUCUGCUGGGGGGGACGACCGCAGCAUAUCUGGCUCCUCCGACACGUCAGACACCAGCCAAUCAGACUGCAGUAUUGGCAGCCGGCUGGCCAUUUGGACCGAACCGGCAUCCAACCCAUCCGAAAACACCGGCCAUGUGGGCGCUAAAGCGGCAUUACAGAGCAUCGAGAAGCUCUCAGUCAACCAGGGAGGUGGAAACCGGCCGUCUGCAAAACCCCCCCGUCAGCUUCAGGAGAUUGGCCGUCAGAGCUCAUCUGACAGCGGCAUCGCCACCGGCAGCCAUUCCUCUUAUUCUGGAAGUUUCUCCUCCUACACAGGCAGCCUGGAUAUCACCCCCGGGGAGGACUUUGGGUCUGUUUUCAGUUUGCCUCCCCACUUGGCUCAAGACCUGAGCCCUUGUACUUGCCCCACUUCCUCUGGACAUGAAUACCAGGUACCAACAUCACUUAGGUAUCUCUAUGACUCUCCCAGGAGUCUGUUACAGGAGGAGAGUGGGGGCGCCAAAGAUAAUGAACCCUCCACCCCAACUAAAGACACCCCUGCCUCUUUAGGCCUCACAACAGACUCAGCAAGUGUCAAUAAAAGCAGUGCCAUGACCUCUGAGGGUCCAUUGGAAACUUCUAACAGUCAGUCGAUAAGUGAACACUUACAGGGACCCUCAGAGGAGAGUAAGAAAACCAAGGUGGCGCCCUCUAGUGAACACCCAAACUCCUGCCACAUCUGCGCCUCUCUCACAUCUGUCUCCAAAACAAUCGUGACCAUCUGCUCAGUGUGUGGCGGAUUUAAGGGGACGCCCUACAUCCCUGUGAGUGGUUCAGUGAUACCUGCCAUACCAGAACAUCACAUAUUCAAUCCAGCAGAUCAAAGUGUUGACAAACCAGCAUGCACACGUAGCGCUGCCAGCGAAUACAAUAUUGCCGUGAAGAAAAUUCUGGAGAAAUCCUGUGCCUCUUCUGGCUCUGGGAGCAUCCACAGCUCAGAGGAGCCAACAGUGAGGAUGAGUGAAGAUUCACCGCUGCCAAAGAAAGGAAGAGAGAAGUUAGCCAGUCUCUUAGCUGAUCUGUUAGGCUUUCCAAGCCCAGACAGGCAGCUGGAGGCAAAGACCAACAGACUGAACUUGUAUGAGUCCAUGAGCCCGAGAUUUGGAAAUGAGCUCAAAUCUGCGCCAACUGGCCCCCGUGUACCGUCACACGACUCACAGCAAGAGAAAAGAGCUGCCAUUUAUGAAAACUGUUUGAAGUGUCAAGGAGAGCACUGCCACCCUCCUCCACGGGUCGCACCGGCUGAAAUGCACCGCAACAGGUGCAUCUCCACUUCACAGCCCUUUCCAACUGGGCUGCUGAAGAGAAGCCAAGAACACGAAGUAGCGGCUAAUGAGGGACUGCUCUGUCAAGCUCACAGUGAUGGAUCGCAGAGCGUGGACGGGCAGUGUCAGGAUGAAGAGAUGGAUGGUCAGAAAGUGAACAGUGAAGACAAAAGGCUUAAUAGUAACGAGGAAAGACGCAGAGCUGAUCCUGCUUAUGAGAUCAUGGAGAGUCGGGCGCCGGAGAGGAACUCGGAGGCAGAAGAAAAAAGCAAGUACGAGCUAAUGGGCAGCUGUGGUCACCAGAGGUUCCUUCAAGAGGCUGAAGGGGCAGUGUUCGUUUUUCCCCCAGAGGCACCACUUCCUGAAAGGCCUCGCAGUGAAGGCGUGACAUACGUGAAUAUUCCUGUUAGUCCACAAUCCAAGAAGCAGCUCAACUACAUGGAGCUGGAGCUGCAGGAGCCAGGUCCUAGCACCCGGGGGGCUGUUGCACAUCUCCCGCUUCAGAGAAAGACCUCCACCAAGUACGCCCAGAUUGACAUCACCGCUACAGAGAUGGCCCACAAAGUCGGCACGCAGCAUGCCCUGGGUCGGCAGGAGGGCCUGCACACUCUGGAGCUGAGAAGGAAGGGUACACCUCAUUGACUUCUUCAUCACUGAAAUGUUGAUCUCAGCAGGAGGUUUGUGCCCAAGACCAGCCGGCUGCAUCAUGAAACAUCUCUGAGGGGGCUUUUGAGUCCAGACUGUUCCCAAAAGAUCCUCAGAGGUUUACUGUGGGAUGCGUUCUCUGUCCUGUUCCAUCUUUUGAAUACAGAAAAUAUCUGCCCAGUCUCCAUAUUCUCUGAUUCAGACUUCUCUAAUCACAAAGCAACUUGAAGAUGGAACCUCCUCUGAAAGGUCUGGCGCAGGAUCAGGAGCAAUAUUUCAAUCUUGGUCUAUUUUGUGGACUUGGGCAUCUCAUUAAAUGGCAUUGUGUCAGUGCCUGAGCCUCAGGCUAACGCGGAGGAAGAUGUGCGAGUCCUGAGCUGAGUCACUGGCCAGGAUAAACCCCUAGAGCAGAAGAAUUUCACAGCUCAGUCGGGCCAUCCCUCACAACAUGUAAUAUGCUGUUUUGGUCCUUGUUUGGGAAGGGGAGGAAGCAGUUUUGGUGUUUAUUCUUACAAGGACUUCACAUUAAUUUAUUCCUCAGUGAUAACCACAUCAGUAAUUCCACAUGUAGUUGCACGAAACUCACUUUUUAGUAUAUUCAUAUUUGGGGAAACCUUCCAUCCAGUCUUACUCAGAAUGCUGCAAUUUUCAGGCUCCCAGUUUCAAAAAAUUACAAGAUUUAGGUUUGUAUAAGUAAGAGUGAGAUAAUUCAUGGCUCUGCAUAAUACUUCCACAUCGUGCUUAUUUUUGCCAGGGUGUAAGUAAUGGAUAUGUUUUUAUUAUAUCAACAGAAUCUCAAUGCUGCUAGUGGUGUUUUUUUUUUAUAUGGAAUAAGAUUUACUGUGGAAAAGCAGGGAAGACGGAUUUCCUUUAUCACAACAACAAAUGUCUCCCAGAACAGACUGUCUGGCACUAGUGGCCCUCGUUUUUAAAAAAAAUUAUAUAUUUGAAAAAAUUCAUUUUUUUUGUUUGUUUUUUACUGAAGGUGGUUAACAUCCUUUUAAAAAAAAUCCUAAUUGUGUGUGUGCACAGACAUUUUAUUGAAACUGCAAUUUUGAAAAAUAGUUUUAUGCUAAGUGUUUUGUAGAGCUAAUUUAGGAACCCAUUAGAGUCUGUGAUUUGUUAUUGUCACAUAUUGUCUGAUUACACUCUCUUUUGAUAUCUGUAAAUACAUUCUCGUUCUGUUUAGGUGAUGUGGAUUGUUAUAAAGUAUACAUGUGUAGACAUCAUGUAUGUACAGUAAAGAUGGAUUAGUAGAGUAUUCAUAACAUUAACAACUGCUUUGAUGUGCGUGUUGGAUUCAGUACAGUAGGUCAUAUGGGACUUAUUUCCCUAUGUACAGUUUGGUACAAUGUUAUAUAAAAGCAUCCAUACAACUGA